GUCCAGGCAGCACGGCGACAGCACUAAGUCCUUCAGUCUGAGCGAUAGACGAGGGGGAGAGUCAGCAUGGCCCACAAAGACAGCUCAAUUCAGUUUUCCAUCAGGGAAUUUCAACCCGCCGAUCAACAUGUGGUCAUGUCAAUGUUUCACGAGGGGAUUCUGGAACAUGUCUACCCAGCUUUUUUCAAGGCCAUGAGCAAUUCAGACCACAUCGGCGUGGCUCUGAGCAUUUCUGUGGCUGGCUACAUUUUAGGAGGCAGUUCCUACUUCCAAGCUUUCCUCUUUGGUGCUGCGUGGGCUGGCCUCAUUUAUUACUGCUGUCGUGAAAUAUAUGAAGAGUACAUGACGGUGAGACUAAACACAGACAUGGCCAACAUUCAAGCCACCUAUCUGGAAAACCCAGAUAACAGCUUCUGGGUGGCGGAAGCAGAUGUCAAAGGCCAGGCCAAGGUGGUGGGGAUGUUGGCGGUGAGGGGGAGAAAAGGAAAGAGAGAAGAUGAAAGAUUUGAUGAGUGCAAUGGAGGAAUGAGGAACACAGAGUUCACUCAGGAGACUGGGAAUGGACGUUAUGGAGAGAUAUCUCAUGUCAUUGUGAUGUUUCCAUGGCGCCGCAGUAACCUGGGCUCACAGUUGACACGAAAGGCUUUGGAUUUCUGUAAGGAAAGAGGCUUUUCUCGCCUUUCAGUGGCAGUCAGCUCACCACAGGCAGCUGCUAUUUCCAUGUUCCAGAAAUUAGGCUUCAUUCAAACAAUUUCUCACCACAGCACGCAUGUAAAUCGGUGGUUCUCCAAGCUAGCCAGAAUAAACAUGGUGGAACUGGAGAAGAAUAUCUGAACAUCACCAAUAAGUGAUACUAUAACAGUGACCAAAUGUUCCGAGAAUAACACCAGUGUUGGUUUCCACAAAUCUUCCUCCUUUAGUGUUUUUAGGUUGUCUAUCAGAUGUUACCGUGGUCACUGAAGUAAAAUUUAUAUAAUAAUGUUCCCUGAUCCACUUAGUGCUGUAAAUGACACCGUUCAUCCAUAAUCUGUCCUGAGGAGUUCCUCUGCGAGGAUGUCUAGGUUCCAUUCUUUGUUCAUGGCUGCAUUCUGAGGCUUACCCCGGUUUCUCACUAGAAGCAUCAGCAGCGCGAAACGGCAGCAGAACGGUUUACUCGCAAACUUCAAAGCAGCGCUUUUCACACUGGGAGUCUUGGCAGUGGCACGGCUUCCCUGCUGUGCUCUUUACUGGACUCGUGAGAUCACAAGAUCCCUCGAGACUUCAGGUCACGGUUUGUUUCUGCAAUCUGCCAUUAAGCCAAAAAGAAGGACAUCCCGUCUGAUAUCUCUGUUUGACGUCACAUAUGAUGUUGUUCCUUUCCACUGCGAGGAUUAAAGCCAUGAAAAACACCGCUGCACUUGUGGAACACUGCUGGGAGUAAAUAAGCUGUUGGGUCACACAUAAGCUUCAUUCACAUGAAAUUGCACCUUUGUUACAUUUGUACUGUGUUAGUUAUCCAAUUGAAUUUUCUUUAGUUCUUCGUUGUACACAGAGAGAUAAGGGUUUGUGUUCCCUUUGCUGACAUGUUUUGUCAUUCAUGUCACGUCAGCAAAGGUAACAACAAGCCCUUUUCACUCCGUGUACAACGAAGAACUAAAGAAAAUUACAUAGAAAUAGCAUCGAUAGCAGUACUUUUAUUUUGAAAAUUACUGGGUAUUUUACACGGAAACUGUGUGAUUUCCUGUCUAGCUCUAAUUAACUGCGGAAGCUGACAUAAGCGGCUCGCGGCAACAAUAGAACCUGAUCCAAUCUUUAGCGUUAUGCUGGAAAUUGCCGCGUUGCUGCUGGUUUGAAACACUCCCCAGACUAUAAUGGAUUAUUUCUGAAGCCGUGACAUUCUGCUGCCGUUCCACGCGGCUGAUGCGUUCAGUGUGAAACCGGGGUGAGCACUCUUGGCUGAAAACCAACCCUACACAUGAUUGGUCUCUGAAUGCUUUACUGAUCUCUAUUCUGAGUUUAUGCAAACUGCCUGAAACUUUGUGACAUGUAAUGUUUGUCAUUUUCUAAAUCUUUGCGCAUGGACAUAAACACAGUAAAAAUCUGAUUUUUCACUUGACCCAAGGUAUAUCAGCAAAUUUAUUGUUUUUAUUUUUUCAUUUAAUAAAUAAAAAUGUUUCUUAACUGGU